AUGCUGGCCGCCACCUUCCAAAAGAGCUCGGCAGCAGCCCUGCUCCUGCUCCAGCUCGUCACCCUCUCCCUUGCCUCCGCCAUCCCCCGUCGUGACCACGACUCCAGCAGCUCCAGCUUCGUGCUCGAGCACCACCUCGGCAACCUCUCACCUUACUUCGACGCGCCAGUCCCCAACCACCUCUCGCUCGGCGUUCCCUCUGGCUGCCAUGUCGACCAAGUCUCUCUCAUCCACCGACACGGUUCUCGCGGACCCAUCUCGUCCGAGAUUGGCUCCGUCCGCAACCUCUCGUACUACCUCAACAACCAUACUUCCCUCCUCCGCUCGCCAGUCUCUGCGCCGCCCCAGCGACUCGCCUUCCUCUCGGAGUCCGGAUGGAAUGCUGACGCCCUCAAGCAGGAUGAUCUCACCGCCGUUGGUCGCCGCGAGCUCUUCUCGCACGGCGUCCAGAUGCGACUUGAUUACCCGCACCACAACACCACCCUCUUUCUGGCGGGCCAGCAGGACCGUGUCGUCGAAUCUGCGCAGUGGUUUGCCGCUGGCUACCUCGGGAAGGACGCUAACACCACCGGUCAGCUCGAUCUCAUCAGCGAGAGCCUUGGUGUCAAGAGCUAUAUAACGCCAAUGGAAAGUUGUGCCACGUGGACCUAUGCUUCCGGUGGCAAGCCCGUCGCUGACUGGGGCAACGUUUACCUUCCCCCCAUCGCCAAGCAGCUCAAUGCCGAAGUUUUGGGUGUGUGGCCCGGAUUGAACUUUACGCAGGACAACGUGCACGGAAUGCUGUGGGCGUGCGCGUACGAUCUGGCCACCUACGGUUCUGUUUCCAAGAGUCACUGGUGCGGCGUCUUCUCGUCCAAGCAGAUCAAGCAGUUUGAGUACGAGCUGGAUCUUCUCAUGCGCGGUGCCUUCGGGUAUGGGCUGCCCAACAACUCGGGUCAGGUGAUGGGCUCGCUGUUCGUCUCGAACCUCACCCAGCGCUUGACACAGCCCGAGUCGUUCAAGGAGCCCAACGGCCAACAGAGGAGUCUUUUCUUCGACUUUGCUCACGAUACCACCAUCGACCUCAUCCUCACCUCCCUCGGCCUUGCUGCGGACAAGAGCUACCCGGUGGACGGACCCAUCAACCCCGCCCGCAACUGGAGGACAAGCUACCAGGUCCCCUUCGCAGCCCAGAUGGAGUGGAGGAAGGUCAUCUGCCCGGGACAGCAGAAGGCCGACAUGAUCCAGCUGCACCUCAACAAGGCGCCCUUCGACCUGGGUCCGCUGUGCAAGACCGACAAGUUUGGCGGUUGCGAUCUGUCGGAAUUCUUGGAUGCAGAGGCGGUCAAGGAGGCUAACGCAGUGCAGGUGGGCGAUGCCGUUUGGACCGCUGCUUGUGGGCAGUAG